UGCUCAUUACAAUUUUUAAUGGGACACUUUUGCUUCAAUACAUUCAUUAAUAUGGCUUAACAAACACUCCAUCAGGUCAAAUGCAUUCAGAGCCGAAUUUAUUAGAAACACUUUUUGGUCAUAAGGGACAUCAGGUAACUGCUGACAGCCAACCGUAAUAGUUACUUCUGAUCGUUUUCCAGGAGCCUUUUGUCUUUCUUCGCUCAGUUCACGCAAUUUAAGUUUAUAAUGUGCUCGUGACAGUUUCAAGCCCUCUCGCAAAGGAUCAAAGUAACCCUUUUCAAAUGAUUUGAUGUGGUCCCAUAUACAGGUUUCAUUCUUUUCAUCAUGUAAUAACAAAAACCGCAAGAGAUUUAGAGCAGAUAUUAUCUCAUCUGCUAAUUCCACCAAAUCGCUCUCGGCGCCAUUGGGUAAACGACAGUAUCCUGUUACAAGAUCAUAUAAGCAUUUACCUUGAAAGAAAUUUGGUAAAUCUUUCUGGGCAAUUUCUUGUCUUAUCAUAUCUUUUAGUAAUGUUAUUAUAUAACCAAGUGUACCUGAAUGAUUGACAGUUUUUUGCAGGUUGCACAUCAACAGGUAUCUGCCUUUAGUAUCAAAUUUAAAUAAAAAGGAUUUAAAUAUUGUUCCAGCAAGUUUUCGACACUCUUCAACACCACAAUACACCAUAGCAUGGGUGAGAACAUCAACAAAUUGGCGGUAACUUGGAUGUUCCAACUCAAUGGAAAGUAUUUUCUUAUCAGGCAAUUUCUGAAUAACUGCUUGACUAAGGAGGAGUCCUUUCUUCAGAAUCAUUACUUCUGGAUUUUUUAACAAAACACUAGCAUGAUGCAAGCAUGAACGAAACACAAACACAGGAUCAUACACUAUUGGUAGCAAAUGCUGCAGUAAUCCCUCAGCAAAUAUCAAGUAGUACAGAACUGACAAAGACAUUGUCGGCACCUUAUCUUCCCUGAUAAAAUAGUGAAGGCUUCCAUCCAAAUUUGAACUGACUUCUGCAUCAUCAUCUUCAGAAGACUCAUUAAUUGGCCCAUCAUAAUCCAAAAACAUCAAUACAUCUGGCAUGAUGCAUCCAAGGCAGAACACAAUCUCCUCUGCUGACACUCGAGCUGAGCUUUUAGCACCUUCAGAAUUCCAUUCCAAAUCAAGAUAAACAAGGGGUUUCUCAAGUAUGUGAAGGAGGAAUGAUAUUAACAAUUGUCUUUGUUUCUCAAUAACUUCUUUCUCUGGUAUAUCACCAUGAACUUCACGAGCAACAUUUUCAAUAAAGGGUUUAUAAAACACACUAAUUCGUGAAUAUAAAUCAUUUAUACGUUGCACAUUUGGAUCAGCAUCCAUUAAUAGUUUUUCAUUUCCUUCCAAGUUCUGAUUUUCUGGAAUGGGUACUCCCUUAAUGUAGGUCUUAAUGGUACUCAAACACCAACUCAGGGAUUGUUCUUUCCUUUUUGUUAGCUGCAAAAGAACUAUUUGUAAAGGUUUCAACAGUGCAGAAAACUUUUCAUCACUAUCGGGUGACUCAAUUUGCUCAAGGAAUUCUAAUAAUGCUUCUUCUGGCAGAGCAACUCUGGCAAUUUCUUCCAAAACGGUCUCACAGCUGUUGAAAAGCGAUCGUGAUUUGAGGUAAGUAUCUAAUGUCAAAUACUCACAAGCAACUCUCACAAUUUCCCAACUUUCAUCUUUUAUGAUCUGCUUAUUUUCCUUGUCUUGGAUAAUUUCUAUAACUUUUUCGGAAUUGUUCGUAGAUAAUAAUUGACUUAGUAACGAGACAAAUUGACUCGAAUUUUUCUCCGGAACCGGCGCCGCCAUCGUAGAAAUCUAAAUUAAAAAUCCAGCUUUUCCUAUUUCAUUCAGCAGAAUACAAGAAAUUGCGAGAUCCUUUAACACGUCCACUAUUUAAUAGAACCACUCUCUGAGCCACGGACACCGCCAUUUUUAAACUGCACCAAAACCACACGCGUAAGAGAUAACUGAUUACAGGUAGACCUCUCAGAUUUUGCAAAGUUCGAGUUGUUACUUGAAUGUUGACGGAUCAUCUGAUGACAUGCUAACAGUACAGAAAUAUUAGUGGUCAGGUCACCGGCUACGUUGCAGAAUAACGGUAUUUUCACAUAGAUUUGUGUCAAGAGGAGCUAGUGAGCGGAGUUGGACGAUUCAGUGCACAGAGCACGAGCCACCGCAAGUCUUCUGUCCAUGUCUUCAACUGUCUUACUUGGCGUUUCCUGGAGGAGGCCGGUCGCAAUGAAGUCGAGAUCACGUCAUUAAAACAACUAUCGGCUACUGCGCUAGCUGCCGAUUGACAACUCGGUGGCAAGUAGCGGGCAUUAUAGAACUGACGAAGAGAAUAUUGUCAAUGUUUUCAUGACAUUAUAGGUUAUUGUUUGGCGUAUUCCAUUUGAAUGUGUCUGUGCAAGAGCAUGUAUGUGUGUGUGAAGAGGGAGCGGUAGUGAUGAUAUGCAAUGGCUAUCCGUGGCCGUCAAUGCACAGUGCGCCUCAAUGGAUUUUGAACCAUUGGAAAUAGGACCGUUGUAAACAUCCCAAUUGUACAUGUUCAUGAAAGUUACGUGUUUCCCUUUUGUUGAUGUGCUAAUUACUUGUGUAUGAAAUGUCCACAAGAUCGCAACUUACAAAGGAUUUGAAUGAAAGUGUGAAAGCUUUACUGGGCAAACAUAUAAAAAUUCUGCUUAAAAAUGUUGUUAAAUUGGAAACAAAGGCAGAUAAAACAGAAAAUCGUGUACUGGUGUUCUCACCAUGCCGACUUUUCCUUCUUACAGCUAAAGUUCCAACUCGGAUUGACUCUCACUUCCAUUACCUGGAAAUUCAAGCGAUUGAAAGCAAAAAGAACAAUCAGUUAGUAUUAACUGUUGGUGAAAAAGCAUACUCUUUCCUUACACAUGAAGACUCAAGCAGUCAAGAAGUAGAUGCUAUGAUAUCUGCCUUAGCCACAGCAAUUCGUAAUAUCUUCCCAAGUGUGCCUCUUAUGCAUAUUAUCCGUAAAGUUGAUGUGCAACCAGCUAUGCGACUGCAGCAACUCGUAGGAGACAUGCCAGUUCGUGAAGGGGACAACCAUGGCCCAUGUGGUCCUUGUGGAGGCUUUUCUACACAGUAUGCAUGCAUGUGCGAUUAUCAUGGGAUGCCAUAUCGAGAAGAAGUGUCAUGGGAUGUGGAUACAAUCUAUCUCUCUCAUGAUACACGGGAACUUUGUUUGCGUGACUUUGAUCAUCUUGAUCCAAAGGAUCUAGUGCCUAUCAUCAGUGCUUUAGAAUUCAAUACAUGGUUUACAAAACUCCGAGCAUCCAGUAUUAAACUUACACAUGAGGCCCUAGAUCGCAUUCUACAUGUUUGUCGCCGUACCGUAAGCCUUGAAGAACUGUACCUUGACAAUCUUGGUAUUAAAUGGGAUUUUGUUCAUAAGCUCUCCAUUGCUCUAAUGGCAAACCAGAACACCCCUCUUCACACUCUUGAUUUGUCAAAUAAUAUUAUUGAAGAUAAAGGAGCAAAUCACUUGAGCAGUCCAUUAGCUCGAUUACCCAAAGGAUUAGUGCAUCUAAAUCUCUCCCAUUGUAGUUUAUCGUCAAAAGGAGUCAAUCAGUUAGCACAUUCAUUGUUUCUAAACCAGAGUAUGCCUAAUACUCUUACUUACCUGAACCUCAGUGGAAAUAAUUUAAAAGAGGAAAUUAAUAACUUGUGUAAUUUCCUGGCUCAGCCUAAUGUUAUUGCUCACUUAGAUAUAUCUGGAACUGAUACUAUUCUGGAGUCAAUUUUUGGUGCACUUCUUCGAGGAUGUGCAACAAACCUUGUUCAUUUAAAUGUUUCUCGCAAUGCUUUUAGCACUAAGAAAGCAAAGGAAGUCCCUCCAUCUUUCAAACAGUUUUUUACAUCUACAUUGAGCCUCAAACAUCUGAACAUCUCACAGUGCAAAUUACCUCUUGAAGCAUUAAAGAUUCUUGGCAUAUCAACAAAAAUUAAUUUUACAGCUGGAAUGGAUGCAGAUUUGGCAUCAGUGGUCACGGCUGUCAGUAAAAAUAAAUCCAUUAGACAUCUUGCAAUUGGGCGUAAUCUGGCAGGCUGUAAAGCAAGACAUGUUGCUGCUGUAAUGGAUGCUGUUGUGCAAAUGAUUCAGGAAGAUGACUGUGUCCUCCAGUCUCUGGCUAUUCCUGAUUCGAAGCUUAAAGGGGAUUUAUACAAUCUCAUCAAUGCACUUGGAAGUAAUCAGUGUUUGCAGACAAUUGAUAUCAGUGGAAACUUAAUGGGUGAUGCUGGAGCACGUUUACUUGCAAAAGCCUUGCAAAUUAACUCUCGCCUAAGAACUAUCAUAUAUGACCGCAAUGGAAUUACUCUUCAAGGUUACUGUGAUAUAGCAUAUGCUCUGGAAAGUAAUUACACAGUCCGUUAUAUGCCAUUUCCCGUUCAUGAUAUUGUACCUUGUAUGAAAACAUCUGCUGAACGUACUGACACUGUCAUGAGAAAAAUUCAAGACCUCCUGCAUCGUAAUGUUUCACCUAAAAAAUACAGUAAUGGCCAAGCAUUCAGACUUCAACAGUUGCUUCCAAGACUGCAGGAGGCUGUGCAGAGACGAGAAGAGGCUGCAGGAGGACCUCUUGACACAAGAUUACGCCAAGUAGCAGAUGAUGUGCAUAAUGAAGCUGUCAGCUGCCUCCAGGGUGCUCUGGAUGCAAUGUUGCGGUGUGCUGAAGAGCAGUGCCCUCAUGUAGUGGAUUCUCGUCUUCAGCAGGAAAUUAGACGCGCUUGCACCAGCAAAAAUCAUCUUCCUGCUGAGUUUGUGCGUUCAGCUGUUAUAGAGCAGGCUGGAACUGACAUCAUCAAUAAGAUAAAUGAACUCAACUUGGCAGUAGCUGCACAUGUGUCAGAUAGAGUGACAGAUGAAGUGAUUGAGAUGUUGUCAAGAACCUACAAGUCACUGGUGGGGGAUUCUGGCAAAAAACGUUCUUCCACCCCUGAUGUUUUACGUACUCGGUCAAGGGUUAGCUCAGACUCUUGUCACGAUCCUAGUGAAACCUACUCUAUGGCUGAUACCAUCAGUCAACAGUCAGAUCAGUCACCAAUGGCAACUCCUCAUCUUUCAACGAAACGAAAAAGUUUGCAUGGUCGUAAACUUCGACCCAAGUCUGUGGUAGACUCGGUUGAAGGUCUUUCUGCUGAUGAUAUCCCAGAUUUAUUACCUUCACUUCCAAAAUCUGCUGAAGAGUCCCUUGAUAGUGUUGCUGAAUUACCUACAUCAAGUGGUCAGCAGUUACAACAUCUAGUGAAAGGGCGACCUCGACGUGCGAAAACACGCGCCCCCUCUCGACCAAUGUUACGACCUGCCGAUUCUGCAGAAAUGCAUCACCUCGGUGAAGGCCUAGACUCCUUUUUCCGACCAGGUUCAGUUACACCAACGGGUACUCCUCUUGUUUCCCCAACAUCAGAUGACAGUUCGCAUACAUUCCCUUUGGACGAUAGUCCUAACCAUAGUACUGGAGGAGGACGUGAUGAAUGUCGCUCAUCUCGCCCAUCAGGAUGCAAUGCUCCAGGAAAAUGUGGCCCUGAAGAUGAUAAAGGUGGAGGUACAGCUGGCUGCGGUACCCGUAAAGAAGUUGCACAUAGUUCCCCUUUAUUGAAAGGUGUGUCAGGAUUACUGGAACCAACCCCGAGAUCUCGUUCAAGUGACAAUCUAGAAAAAUGUUCCCCUCUCAUUGGCCGGCGUUCUCAGGGAGAUUCUCCCUUGACAGCUUCACCUCUGGCAAGACGUUUACUGGGUCAUGAUGAAAAAACUGAUGAUAAAACAUCAGAGACAGCAUCUAUGGAUGGACCUGAAGGAGCAUCUCCUCGACCUGGAGUGGCAGCUCGCCUUCGAGUUGGAGCAGAGAAACGCAAUUCAGGGGGAGCUCUGCGCCAGAGUUUUGGUGAAAGCAACAGUGGAGACAGACCUCCUUCCCCUACAGUGAGACCUACCCGACUGCGAGCAACUGGUCUGGCUGACUCUUUACGAUCUCCACCAGCAGCUAUACCUAAAGAGAUUUCUAAGAGUCCAGUGCUGCGAGCUGGUGUUUCUCGAGAACCUCGAACAGAAACUGAUUCCUGUUGUGGAAGCAAACAGUGCAUUGUCAAAGGCAAACCACCACCCCCUAUUGCACCGAAGCCGCGACCCUGGUCCAUGGCAGGAGAUCGCAAGUCAGGGGAAUUUUCCCUUCUUAGUGAUGGUUCGAGUACAAACACAUCUGCAGCUAAUACUCCUGAUUCGGGUGAUGCACUUGAUGAAUCUACAGAUUCAGGUGUGGCAAGUAUGGGCUCAGCAGGGCAAUGUGCAGAGAAACGCUCUGUUCGAGAGUUGGCUGCCACUCUUAACAAACAUGGGAACCAAUCAGAUGGUGGAAAGGGAAAAAUUUGUGAUCAUUCUGAUUCAGGAGCCUCAGAAGAACUUGGCUGAUGCCAAAGAAACUGUUUUUGCUCAGGUUUGAGCUGAACAAUGGAGUAUUACAGUUCAGCCAUCCAGAGGUUGCAAGGGCUAGGGUGCAGCCUUUGGCCUCUGGCCAGUGCUAGAUGAUCGCUUCCGAGCAGAUGCUCUGCCAGCCACUUAUGUAGUGCUCAUUGAUUAUACAAGCUACAGGCCAGUGCUCUUAAGCAUUCAGUAAGGCUGUUUUAAUGUAUUUCUUCCUUUUACAUUUACUAGUGUGACUAUAUAUAUUUAUCUGCUCGCGCACACAUAACACACAUAUAUGUAUGCUAUGUCACAUACUGUUCAAUGACAAUGUUCACUACAUUAUGAGCUAUUAAUUUUUUUUUAAACCUGUUACAUUUCAUUUUCAAUUAAUAAUUGAUAAAUUUGCCAAAAGGAAGUCUUCUAAAAUCUUGCUUUAAACUAUGUUGUGUGGGUGUAGAAAGCUUUAUUCCUAUCGAUAUAAAUACUGAGUAAUCCCAUCUACUAGUGUUUUGCUUUUGUGACUGAAAAUUUAAUGGUGCUGUAAAAUUAUUUAAUUGUUAAAGAAUAAUAUUGAUAAUUUGUGAGCAGUCUGUUGCCAGCUUACCAGUAUUUCUAUGAAAUACCAGUAUGAUAAGGGCUUUGCCACUGCCAUAGACAUUUUGAGAAAAUGCCAAUUCUCAAAGAAUUUUUUUUUUUUUUUUUUUUUUUUUUUUUUUUUUUUUUUUUUUUUUUUCCUUCUCAGAUGGAAGUUGAUCUUGUUUAUUGAACAUGCUUGUGAUGAUUUUCAUGGGCAGUAUUGUGCUUUAAUGAUACAGCAGCUCUAGUGAUAAAUUGAAAAGUUGCUGCGAGACUGAGGUUUUGCUUUAGAGUGCUGUAAGCCACAACUGUUAGUGCCACACCUGUGAUGCAGCCAUAUCAUGGCAAUGAAUUUGAUAAAGUCUGUGGCUCUCUUCUAGCCUAAAUCUAGAAUGUUGGUAAUUAUAUCCCUUUCAGAAAACUGGAGAGACAGCAGUGCUGCAUUUGUCAGUUUGUAGGUUGCUCAUGAAGGUGCAACUUGGUAACUUCAUGAAUUGUUUGAUUCUGUUUUGAUUCUUUUGUAUGAUUAUUAUUAUUAUUAUUAUUAUUACUUUUUUUUUAAGACAAAUAGUUAUUUCAAUUAUGGCAACAGUGUGUGACCAUUGUUUAAAAUAUAAACAAUGCAGUUUUAUCUGUAGUAAAAUACUGUGUAAGUGUAUUAUACAGAAUGAGUUGUAUUGCUGGUAAAAUAACUCGGUAGUAUUAAUAGUUGCAUUUUUGUUAUUAUUAUAAUGUACAGUGAAAAGAAAACAAUCUUGUCACAGUUGCUUUUGUGUAUUAAAAUUGUGUUGACUGUGUAUAUUAUUUUUCUAUUCAAUUGUUGAAUAUUUUAUGCUGAAUUAUUUUAUGUGUUACUAUUAUUUUGUUUUACUGAUAAAGAUUUUAAUUAUUAUGAAGUAGCUGGCUUUCUACUCAUCUGUCUUUAAGAAACAGAAAUGUUGAUUUUUAAAAAUUCCUUCUAGCCGAUAAAUACAUUUGCAAAACAAACACACUUCUGUGUGAAUUUCUUUAGUUUCAUUUCCUCUUCAUUGCAAAUUGGAAUUCAAGACUCGCCUUAAGUACUAGGCACAGAGCAAGAAGAAGCAACUUUAAAAAAGAGAAUUUUGAUCUAAACAGUCAUAGUUUUAUGAUAUUCUGCUCAUAGCAACAUAUACAACAUUCAUCUAAACAUUUUAAAAGCUUAAAUUAUAAUAAUAUAGCACAUCCAUCGUGAAUGCUCUGCCAGCACACUUUGUAGUGUUAGUUUUAUGUUUUCCAGGUAAUUUAAUUUUGCUUUCAAAUUCCAGAUGUCAAAUUACCACUGCCAGUUCUUUUCCUAUUUAAUAGAAUGUCAUUAUAAUGAAACACUCUAAAACUUUUAGUUUCAUGUUAUUAUUCAGUAUUACUUUCAUUUUUUAUAACAUAUGCAACAUUUCUGUUUUUAAAUUAUAUUCUAAAUUAAGUGUUAUUUCACAUUUGCUAGUUAAUUUCUUAUUUAAUGUAUUAUUUGACAUGUGUAAUAACAAGUAAUGGACAAGUGUCCAGGUUAGUUAAAAUAUGUUUAUUGUAAUAAUUCUUUUUAUAGCUGAUAUUGAGGGAAAGUUUAGGAAAUGGGCAGUGUAAUGUAGCAAAUGCUCACGUAAUAUUUACACAGAAUCGGGAAGCAAUUUUCCUUUCAAAAUUUAAACAUUAUUCAUUAUUCUCCCUCAGUUUCAACUAAUAAUUGAAAUUUUGCAAUGAUUUGUUUUAAUUUACUGGCGUUGUCUCCUUCCAAUGGUUUAAUAUUUGAUAUCUAUUCAACCCUGCUCUUAUUUUGCUAUUGCUUGUAGGUCAGCAUGCUGUAAAGGCAUAAAUGAUGAGAAUAAUGUAUUUAUAUAUUAAAAGGUUUAGUCAGUGAAGUCUCUGCUAGCCUAUUACCAAAGCAGCAACAACUCGAACAACAGAGUAUCUAGUCUGAUGCUAGACCUAUGCUUCUUUGCCGCCCAUUGCUCAAGUAUUAUGUAUAGUUUUUUUCAUGUGCUUUAUUUAAAUGUGGUCUACUAAUAUCAGUGUCAGAAAGAAGCAUUAUCUUGAAAUUAUUGCCAAUAAUUUAUGUAAAUUUCAAGUUAACUGCGAGAUAUGUUUUACUAAACUUGUAGUGUGAAGACAUUUGAAAACUAAAAAUACAAGACUGCAGUAAUAAAUGAACAGUAUGCAUGAACUAAUACACUCUGAUGCACUUAAAAGGAUUUUUAAAUUGAAGGAUUUGAGUUUUUACUGCAAAAUAUGUAAUAUUUUGUUGCUUUAUUUGUUUCACAUGCUCUGGAGAGAAAAUAUUUUUAUUUGUAAUGACAUGUGAAAUAUGUCCUAACAAAUGUUUUGUGAUAUUUCCAUUUUUAUAUAUUUUUUACUAGCAGCUACAGCUAUAACAUUUGUGUGAAAUAAAUUAAUAUGGAUUUAUCAUGUAAUUAGUAUUAUACAAAUUUCAAAAUGAAGCAAAUUGUCGGUACUACAAGAGAUGCAUGUUCUAAUUUUCUCAAAGAGUAUGAUCAUUUUCUUCCCAGUUCAUUGUGUCAUAAAUCAAUAUUGUUACCUGAUUUGUCAUGCAUCAUGUUUGUAAAUAAAAAUGGCAUUAGUUUGGUGCAGCA